GACGUCGUUUUAAUGGUGUAAUUUCGUUAGUAUUUCUCUCUCGCACAGAUUUCAACUCCCACACACAUCCGAAACUCAUAAUUUUCACCUCUGAGAUAAAACCCCCCCGAAGAAAUUCCUUCUCCGUAUUUCCGUCGAAGGAUUUUUAAGGUUCGAACAUAAUCAUGGAGGGGGUUGGAGGUGAUGGUCCCUCAACAGCAGCUGCAGCACUGAACCAGCGAAGGCACGACGUGUCGAAACUUUUCCAGCACUACUUAGAUAAAUCGACUCCUCACUCUCUGCAUCGAUGGAUCGGAUCUUUCAUUUUAGUGUGUGUUUACGCCCUUAGGGUUUACUACAUUCAGGGCUUCUACAUUGUUACCUACGGUUUGGGUAUCUACAUUCUCAAUCUCCUCAUUGGGUUUUUGUCGCCACUUGUCGACCCCGAGGCUGAACCCUCAGACGGUCCUAUGCUGCCUACAAAGGGUUCUGAUGAAUUCAAACCUUUCAUUCGCCGCCUCCCUGAAUUCAAAUUCUGGUAUGCCAUCACAAAAGCUUUCUGUGUUGCAUUUGUGAUGACCUUCUUUUCCAUGUUUGAUGUGCCCGUUUUUUGGCCUAUACUAUUGUGCUACUGGCUUUGCAGAUUGUGUGAGAAAGACCUGCCUCAAGCAGUCCCAGAGGCGAUUGAUUUUUUGCGAAGAACGGAAGGUUGA